AUGCAGGAGGCCUUUGACUCGCUGUGUAUGUACACUGCAGCAGCAGCAGCUUCUUUCCUCACGGGGGCCCUUCAGGGGGGCCCCCCCGAGGGCCUACAGGGGGGCCCCCACGGGGGCCCCGAGAGGGCCCCCCCGAAGCACCCCGCGGUGCGGCCUGUGUACGUAGAAGCGAGGGCCUCGGAAGCGGGCAGAGCGAGCAGCAGCAGCAGCAGCAGCAGCAGCAGCGUUGGCGGGGGCAACCCGCCGGCGCCCGCGCCCGCGCAGCCGGCGCAGCAGCAGCAGCAGCAGCAGCAGCAGCAGCAAGGAGUGCCUCUUGUGAUGGAUGCUUGGCAAAGAGUUGGGGCCCGUUUUCUCUCUGUUCUCCCGGUGGUUUCUGUUGAUGGCUUUCUCGUUUCUUCUUCGGGUUUGAGGCUUCCGACUCUGCGCUCUGGAAACCUCGACUCCCGCCGCCUCCCCUUCGCCACUCCCUUUCCCGGGUUUGGGGGCUAG